AUUAGCCAUGAAUGCUAGUGGCCCAGGAUAUCCUCUAGCCUCUCUCUAUGUGGGUGACCUGCAUCGAGAUGUUACUGAAGCCAUGUUGUACGAGAAGUUCUCACCUGCUGGGUCCAUCAUGUCCAUUAGAGUUUGUCGAGAUGUUUCCACGCGACGUUCUCUAGGUUAUGCGUACAUUAAUUUUCAACAGCCUGCUGAUGCUGAACGGGCUUUGGACACCAUGAAUUUUGAAGUCAUAAAAGGUCGGCCCAUUCGUAUCAUGUGGUCCCAGCGAGAUCCUGGGCUCAGGAAAUCAGGUGUCGGAAAUAUUUUUAUCAAAAAUUUGGAUGAUUCCAUUGAUAACAAAGCCUUAUAUGAUACAUUCUCAACUUUUGGAAACAUUCUUUCUUGCAAAAUUCAGGUAAUGACGGAUGGCGGACACAGCAAAGGCUUUGGGUUUGUAUGUUUUUCUUCUCCAGAAGAAGCAACCAAGGCUGUGACUGAAAUGAAUGGACGCAUCGUCAGCACUAAGCCUUUGUAUGUCGCCCUUGCCCAACGGAAAGAGGAGAGAAAAGCCAUUCUCACCAAUCAAUAUAUGCAGAGGCUGGCCACCAUGAGGACCUUUCCUGGUCCCCUCCUAUGUUCUUUCCAGCCUUCUACGAGCUACUUCAUGCCCUCAAUUCCACAGGUAAGACCUAUAAGAAUACCGCUUCCAUUAAAAAUGCAUGCUGUAGAACCAAUCAUUCAUAUCCAUGGACAGGAGCCUUUGACCACAACCAUGUUGGCUGCAGCCCCUCCUCAAGAACAGAAACAAAUACUGGGUGAACGUCUCUAUCCUCUAAUUCAUGCAAAGCACCCUACCCUGGCUGGGAAGAUUACAGGCAUGCUGUUGGAGAUUGAUAAUUCUGAUCUGCUACUUAUGCUGGAGUCACCAGAAUCCCUUCAGUCUAAGAUCGAGGAAGCAGUAGCUGUGCUUCAAGCCCAUCAGAUCUCUGAAGCAACCCACAAGAGCAGUUCAAUGGCAUUUCACCCCUGACGAAGG